AUGGCGGCGAGCAGCUCCCACCCUCUCAAGCCUUGGACACAGGCCCCCCGAAAACGCUACCGUCUAGUCGACGCCACCUUAAUCGACCCGAAAGAUGGCAGCAUCCAUCAGCACUGCUGCAUCGACCUCAAAGACGGCCUCGUCCACCGCAUGACUAAACUCACCAACCAGCCCUCGCCCGCGGACGAAGUGCUCGCCUGGACGCAAAACGAAAAGCUAACGAUCAUCAACUUGGACGGCAAGUACGUCCUACCAGGCCUGAUCGACUGCCAUGUACAUCUAGCUACGCCGCCGGGUGAAGACGGAUUGAAAGAUACAAUGAACCAGGAUCCCGCUACCGCGCUGCUGAGACAGCCCUAUCUCGCCCAUGAAAUCCUCAAGCGCGGCUUCACCACCGUAAGAGACUGUGCCGGCGCAACGCUUGCAAUGAAGGAAGCCUUCAACGAGGGCCUCUUCCCUGGCCCGAGACUGUUCAUUGCUGGGAAGGGCAUUGGACAGACAGGUGGCCAUUCGGACUUCCGCGGCCCCAAGGAUGCAGAGUAUCCGUGUUGUGGAGGGAAUGUGCGAGGACUAGGGAGGAUCGCCGAUGGGGUAGAGCAGUGCCUCCAUGCUGCGCGGGAGGAGCUACGGCUGGGCGCGGAUUUCAUCAAGAUUAUGGCUUCUGGCGGCGUCGCGUCGCCCACGGACAAAUUGACCAGCGUGCAGUACACGCCCGAAGAAAUUCGAGCAUUCACCAAAGUCGCUUCCGAUGCUGGAACCUAUGUCACCGCGCACGCUUACACCACUGCUGCUGUGCAGAAUGCCAUUGCCAAUGGAGUUCUGGGAAUCGAGCAUGGCAACCUCAUCGACGAAGAAACGGCGCAGUUGAUGGCAGCCAAAGGCGUCUUCCUGACCCCCACCCUUGUCACCUACGAGACCAUGGCAUCCAAAGAGUUCGGCUCCUUCCUGCCCCCCGCCAUCGCAGAGAAGAAUCUCCAGGUCUUGAACGCUGGCUUCAAGUCCCUCCAGAUCGCCGAUGCCGCCGGGGUGACCAUGUGCUAUGGAACAGAUCUGCUCGGCCCUCUGCAGGUCAAGGAGACACGGGAAUUUACCCUGCGCAAGCAAGCCGGCCUGAGCGCCCUGAAGAUCCUGCAGAGCGCUACGGUCAAUGCAGCCCGGAUGUUGCGGCAGGAAGACAGAUUGGGGCGGUUGAAAGAGGGGUAUUUGGCGGAUCUCAUCGUCCUGAAUGCGAAUCCGUUGGACGAUAUCGAGGUGCUCGACCGGCCGGAAAAGCAUUUGCUCGCGGUUGUGAAGGAUGGACGGGUCAUGGAGUCGAGAUGGUCGAAGCUUCCGAUUGAGAGGGUCAUAUCGACGCAGAUUGAGUAG